CGCGCUCAGACCGGCGAGAGUGUGUUAGCGUUAGCGCCGCUAACGUGACAGAGGAAGUUUCAACAAGCUGUCGCUCGCUUCUCCGCGAUUAAACUCAAAAUCCCGUCGGCGGAGUUCUGAGUCUCGUCAGCAUGUUUAACCCUCACCAGCAGCAGCAGCAGCAGCAGCAGCAGCAGCAGCAGUUUCAUCAGCAUCUGCGGCAGCUUCAGCAGCUGUUUCAGCAGCAGACGCCUCCUCCUCCUCCUCCUCCUCCUCUUCCACCGCAGCCUCCGCCCGCCCGUCACAUCACACACACACGGCCCAUGGCUUCUCCUGCUUCUGCUCGCAUGGUCAACCUGUGCUCAGCCACGCAGGCCAUCAUCGCUCCCAACCCCAUGCUGCAGGGGGCGCUGCUCAUGCAGCAGAUGCAGGCGGGCGGCAUGCGUGGCUUUGCGAUGGGAGGCCAGCAGUUUCCUCAGUUCUUCACUGCGGGCUCCAGAGCGUCUCUUCUGGGGCCCAUUCCGAUGGGAGUCGCCAUCAAAACCCCUCACAUGGGAUUCCCGCGGCACUUCAAGCCUCACACGCGCUAUUUCACCAAUGAGUUUCAGGCUCGUCAGCCGGACAGAAAGAGGGAAAACGAGCAGAGAUCUGCGGGCAGCAGCGACGGCCAAUCAGAAGCCAGCAGCAGCAGAGCAGAUCCGGGAUGUCAGGAGUCUUCAGAGCAGCCCGACGAACCAGCGGCCAAAAAACACAAAACACAAGAGUCAGAGGAGCCUGUGGAGACAGAAUCGGCUCAAAGCGCUGAGUGUAAGAGCCCAGAUCCUGAAGAGCUCUCUCUGCAGGAGGGAGGCAGCGUGAACGGAGCGCUGGAUGCUGAAGCGGAUGAACCAAGUCAAGCGGCAGAGCAGGUUGAAAGCACAGAAGCUCCAGAUAAAGACGUCGAGCAGCAGAUCAGCGACGGUCCAGACGCCGCCGCAGGCUCCGAUUCGGUCCCUGAGAUCAAGGAGACCACAGACACUCCUGAGGAGCUCAGAGACGCAGCGGCAGAGACCUCCAACAAGUUCUUCUGCUAUAUUUGCAACAUCACUUGCCAUAACCAGCAAAGUUUCCAGAGCCAUAUGAACGGACUGACGCACCAGCAGAAGAUGAUGGAGAUCCAGCACAUGAGCAACGCGUGUCUCGUCACGCUGCUGCCGCGAGUCCAGGAGUCCCUGCAAGGAGCUCGCAGAGACGGUGAGAAGAGACCGGGUCUGCAGAGAUGGUGCUCCACCUGCCAGACGCACUUCACCACCAACGUCAUGGAGCAUCGCAGAACCAAGGAGCACAAGCGCUGUAUCCGCUCGUCCAGCUCCAGCUGCUCCGUCUGUAAGCUGCACUUCAGGACACACAGAGAGUUUGUGGAGCACAUGCAGUCGACGGAGCACAAGCAGCGAGUCGAGCAGCUGUGGAAGGAGUCGGAUCAGAUGAACGCCGACAUGUUUCUGGGUGAAGAGGACGGCGAGUGCAGCGACGACGAGAGAGAGGAAGAGGAGAACGGGAAGGAGGGUUUGUCUGCGCAGAUGGAGGUCACACUCGAGGAUCUGACCGAAGACGAGCAGUUCGACUCGGACACAGAGUACGGCUCGAGUUUUGUGGUGCCUGUGGCUGGUUUUCUCUGUCGUCUCUGUAAUCAGUUCUAUCACUUUGAGUCUUCGGCUCGACACACACACUGCAAGACGCUCACACACUUCCAGAAGCUCAAGCGUUACAAAGCUUUAAUGAAGCACGAAGACUCCAGCUCAACCUCAGCAGACCACACCAGUCCAGAUCAAACCUGUCUCCUCACUAAACCAGCCCCGCAGACACUACAGUCCUGCAGCAGCACCUCGCAUCCCAGCGCACAGGAAGUCCAGGCGCUCACACAGGAAGUCCAGGCGCUCACACAGGAAGUCCAGAUGCUGGCACAGGAAGAAGCCGUCGCCGUGGAGAAUUUAAUCAAUGCUGCCAAUCUUCUGGGGGCCGGGGCCGUGGCAGGACUCCUGCUAAGAGACGAGGACGAGGAGCGAGACGACGCUGAGACACACACAACUGCAUCCGCCUCAGAGGACCUCAGUGAAAGCAUUCACACCUCUGACCGUUUGUACAGUAGCUGUGUUUGUCAUGAGCACACGGCCCUCAGACGAAGGGAAUGA